AGAACUUCAAUAACCUCCAGGAAAGCUCUGAGGUUAGGGAGACUAGUGAAGCCAAAGAAGACAUGAGGAGCGUACUGGCCCUGCUCAUUGUGACUCUGGCCCUGGCAGCACUCUGCUGUUGUGAGAAAGACCGCAAAGAACCCUCAGGAUCUCUCAGUACUGACAGCAUAAAGAUUAAAAAAGAAGUUGCCAAUGCCUUUGUGAAGAGGAAGAAGAGAUCCAGCCCUUAUGAAUGGUACUUUGAGUAUUAUAAAAGUCCGAUGGAGCAGAUGCACGAGCGCUGUGAAAACUACCCGCCCUGUGACUAUCUCUCUGACCAAGUAGGAUUUGCCUUGGCCUACAACCGCUUCUUUGGGAGAUACUGAGGAUGAGAAGGUCUCUCCACACAUUUGGCUUGGAACACUCCAAAUCCCACAGGAGAAAGAAGGUUGUGGUUGGGACGGAGGGAAGGAAAGUAUCUGGAUUGGCAUCUUCUUCCAUUGUCCCCCUAACCAGCUGGAACACCAAGGCAGGGAAUAUCCCACUUAUUGAGCUUCCAUUAACUUUCUUCCUUUCAUGAAUAAAGUCUCUCUUUAGACAUCUGUUGUGGUAUUUUGAGCUUCACCAGAAGGUUCUGUCUUAUUUCCUUCUACCUGAAUCCCCGGCACACAAUAGGUGAAAAGUGGUGAUUAGUUUCAAGAAAACCACUGCAAGCUUUAGAAAUAUCACUAGAUCUCUUAUCAUCUUCUGCAAAAUACAGGAAAAUUAUGGAAUAAGAAUGUCAUAAUGUGUGUAAAGGUGAUGGAUCUGGUCCUGGGAUGCUCACUGUGAAGAAGAAAGAACACCUGUCUCCUGUUCCAAUUAGUGGGAAAGUUCAGUAUUUUCAUGUUGCAUAAUCACAUUAAAUAUGCAUCACAGUAGGAUCAUUUUGUAAAGAUAGAAGUGUGCAAAUACUCUUGCAUAGAUAACAAUCAGCUUCUAGUACACAUUUCUGAUUACUCUGUCAUAAAAUUUGCCUGUUUAGCAACAAUAAAUAAAUCCCAAAUCGUGUGUUUAAGGAGUCCUUUUAGAUGAGCCCUCGCAUUUGUGUGCUGCUUUUCUUGACUGUAUAAAAAGACCUCAAAUUCUCUUGUUUUUUCUAGUUUUUUGGUUUUGAUUUUUUCCAAACAGCUUCUAGUGAAACUAAAAAUAUGCAGCAGAACAAAAAAAUAACCUCUUCUUCUCUGUUGCUUUUGCAUUUAUUAUUGAAACUAAAAGUAUCUAAACAGCUACAAAAAAUUUAAAAAGAAGAAAAGAAAGCUAUAAACAUUACAAAAUUUAAAAAAAUGAAAAUUGGUUCAAGAAUCAAUUGAAAUUGGGGCAGUGUUUUUUUUAUUCAAGAACAAUUGGUAGCUCUAUAUAUAUAUACAUAAAAUGUAUGUAUAUUUUUAUAUAUGUAUAGUCUUCCCUCUGCACUACUUAAUUCUGUCUUCUGGUAUUAAUACUAUACCUUAGGAACUUUCUGCGUAACCUUCCUAAUAUACUCCGUCAGCUUUUCUUUCCUGAGAGGUGGAUGGCAGAUCCACAUCUCCAAGAACAGGGACUGCUGAUGCUCAGGAAACUGGCAGAGACCAAAUCUCUCUGGUUUCACGUAAGCCAGUGCAACCACCCUCAGCUGCUGAUUGCAAUAAAUACCGCUUAUGUAAAGUUUGUGUUGGUGUGCUGCUUCUUUCUGUUCCUCUGUACAACUUGAUACAUGACUUUUAAGAGUUAAGAUUUUAGCUAAGGGUUAGAAGCAAUUUAUAUUGAUCAAGAUGUAAGUUAGAUCAGUAAAUGGUAGGUUAAUGAUUAUUAAAUGCCGAAGCUAGAGCUAACUGUUAUAUUAUGAGCUUGUUUAUAGAAAAAGUG